AUGAUCAAGUUCCCCGAGUUCAUCGCUCGCAUCGCGGCCAACCCCACGGGGGAUGCUUGGGAAGACACUGCCUUCUACCCGGACCCACAGGAGGCGAAGCUCAAGAUGAAGGAGAUUGGGCAGUGGCUCAAGAGUGUUGAGACGAAGUCAUUCGAGAAGGUGCCUUUGGAAGCCGAGCAGCUUGACGGCGACACUGUCAUGGCCAUCGAGCAAGCUGCCGACCAAAACACUGCCGCGGCACAGCCAACCAAGGGCAAGAAGAUCGCUGGUGUCCCACGCGUUGCUCUGCUGAAGCCUGCGGACGCUGAGCAGAGGACUCAAAACCAAAACUUCAAGCUCGGACACCGCGUGGUCUACGUUCUCGAGACUGGCAGAGUGCCUGUCGCUCUGCGCGGUACCGUCGUGGGCAUGACGCAGACUACUAGAAACACUCUGCUGGACAUCGUCUUCGACGCUACCUUCAUGAGCGGCACCUCUCUCAACGGCCGCUGCUCACCUUUCCGCGGCAGCACGGUGCCAUCAAACGCCGUGCUCAACAUCACAGAGAAGCAGAUCUCCGCCCUCUCCGAAGCUCAGAAGGCUCGCGCUCCUCAGCAGUCCUUCAUACCACUGCGAGGCAACCAGGCCAAUCUCGCCGCUAGCUACGGUAUGCCAGGCGGUCCACAGCUGGUGCAAGCCAACGCUCCUCCCGCUCUACGUGGAGGCUGGCGAGGAGCCGUCAACGGACACUCGAACGGUGCUCCGCGCGGCAACGGCGUGCCGCGCGGCGGACGCGGUGGUGCCGGCCCGGGCUACGGACAGUCGAGCCUCCCGAUCCACAACGGACCACCACGUGGAGGUGCCAAUGGAUUCGGACCUCGUGGUGGACGCGGUGGUAGCACACCGAACCGCGGCGGUUACACCAUCGUCGACAACUCCGAUCCGUCCGAAGGCGUGGUGCGGAACAACCGCGACUUCCGGCCGAAGAACUACAGCAAUGUCCCACCACCAGCUGAUCUCAACCAAGAUCGCGGUCGUGGUCGCGGACGUGGCAGAGGUGCUCCACGCGGAGGACGAGGCGGUGGUAGAGGCCGAGGUGAGGUGCCUGCGAACUGA